CCAUGUAGGUGGCUGUUGGGCCCAGCAGACAGCGUCAGUCUUAUCUUGCCCUAUUUAUGGGGCAAGCUGUAUUUUCUACGUCAACCAUAGCAGCUUCUCACUUCUCAGUAUUCAAAUCCUAACUUUUCGUGUUGUUUGUUGUAGACCUUUGCCAAAUAAAGUUGAGACAAUUGCUGGAAAGCUGGAGGAGGGUCUACCAGAUUCCACCAUGAACAUCCCGGGCUGGGACAGCGGCGAGGUCACGAUCAAAGGCUCGGUGGGCAUCUGCGCCAUGGCCAAGAAGUCCCGCUCCAAGCCUAUGCGGGAGAUCCUGAGCCGCUUGGAGAUGUUUGAGCACAUCGACAUCAUCAUCUUCCAGGAGGAGGUCAUCCUGAACGAUCCCGUGGAGCAGUGGCCCAUCUGUGAUUGUCUGGUCUCCUUCUUCUCCCAGGGCUUCCCGUUGGAGAAGGCCAUCGAGUACGCCAAGCUGCGCAAGCCGCUGGUCAUCAACGACCUGGAGGCACAGUACAACCUGCUGGAUAGGAGGAAGGUGUACAAGAUUUUGUAUGAGCAGGGCAUUGCCGUACCUCGCUUUACCGUCUUUGACAGUGAUAACGACAGUCCUGAAAACGUGAUCAACGAAACCGACGACCAGAUCGAGGUCUGUGGCCAGGUCUUCCAAAAACCCUUCGUGGAGAAGCCAGUGUCAGCGGAGGACCACAACAUCUACAUCUACUAUCCCUCCUCAGCCGGGGGAGGGAGCCAAAGAUUGUUCCGAAAGAUUGGAAGUCGCAGUAGCGUUUACUCAUCUGUCAACACCCUCCGUGAGAAAGGCUCUUACAUCUAUGAGGAGUUCAUGCCCACGGAUGGGACAGAUGUCAAGGUGUACACGGUAGGACCAGACUAUGCCCAUGCAGAAGCUAGGAAGUCGCCUGCCUUGGACGGUAAGGUGGAGAGGGACAGUGAGGGCAAAGAAGUCAGGUACCCAGUCAUCCUGAGUAACCAUGAGAAACUGAUUGCCCGCAAGGUCUGCUUGGCAUUCAAGCAAUCGGUGUGCGGUUUUGAUUUGCUGAGGGCCAAUGGGAAAUCAUACGUGUGCGAUGUCAACGGUUUCAGCUUUGUCAAGAAUUCCAAGAAGUACUACGAUGACUGCGCCAAAAUACUGGGUAAUUUGGUGAUGAGAGAGCUGGCUCCCAAGUACAACAUUCCCUGGCAGAUGUUUACUAUGGAGGAGGAGAUCCCUUAUGUGCCCACCACCUCAGGCACUGUAAUGGAGCUGCGUUGUGUGAUAGCAGUCAUUCGCCAUGGUGACCGAACCCCCAAGCAGAAGAUGAAGAUGGAGGUCAAGCAUCCCAAAUUUUUCAAGCUGUUUGAGAAGUACGGCGGCUUCGACAAGGGGAAGAUCAAGCUGAAGAGGCCCAAGCAGCUCCAGGAGGUGCUGGAUGUGGCCCGAUAUCUGCUGGAGGAACUCAAGAGACAAAAACACAGGAACAGACUUGAGAUUGAGGAGAGGGAAUCCAAGCUGGAACAGCUCAAGGCAGUCUUAGAGAUGUACGGUCACUUCUCAGGCAUCAACCGUAAGGUGCAGCUCAAGUACCAGCCCCACGGACAGCCCCGUCACUCCAGCAGCGAAGAAGAUCUUCAACAAACUGGAAUUGUUGAGCAAGAUUGCAAAGCAGACCCUUCUUUGUUACUGAUCCUGAAGUGGGGAGGCGAGCUGACAGAUGCCGGCAGGGACCAGGCUGAGGAGUUAGGCAGAGCGUUCCGUUGCAUCUACCCUGGUGGCCAAGGGGAGUAUGCAGGUUUCCCUGGUUGUGGCUUGCUUCGUCUGCACAGCACCUACCGUCACGAUCUGAAAAUAUACGCAUCGGACGAGGGCCGGGUGCAGAUGACUGCUGCAGCAUUCACAAAGGGUAUGUUGGCAUUGGAAGGCGAGCUGACCCCUAUCCUAGUCCAGAUGGUGAAGAGUGCUAACACCAACGGCCUGCUUGACCAUGAGAAGGACUCGGUCACAAUACAGGGAAAAUCAGCAGCAUUUGAUACAGAGCUCCAGAGUCAAUUAUUUCACCACAGGGUGAAAGAGACUCUCUACGAACGAUUUCGCAAAAAUGGCAAUUUCACCGAAGACGACAAAAAGGAGCUUGCACCAACGGGCAGCAAGUCCAUUCACUACUCGCUGUCACGCAUCCAGAACCCCACAGAAAUGUGCGAGAAGAUCUACAGCCUCAUCAAGGAGCUGACUCACAUGGUGCGCAGCUGCAUUGAUGACAAGCCCUCCCAGGAAGAACUUAUCCUGUACAGCAACGAGUCGCUGGAGCUGAUGUUACGACGCUGGGCCAAACUAGAGAAAGACUUCAAGACCAAGACUGGCCUGUUUGAUAUCACCAAGAUCCCGGACAUCUACGAUUGCAUCAAGUAUGAUCUGCUUCACAACGAGAAGCUCAUCACUCCUUUGGGGUUCAAGGGCAUGUGGGAGCUGUACCUGAAUGCUCAGGUGCUGGCCGAUGUCAUCAUACCACAGGAGUACGGCAUUACCAAAGAAGAAAAGCUCGGGAUUGGCACCAGUAUCUGCACUCCCUUGCUGCGCAAGGUCCGUGCCGACCUGCAACGCACCAACUUUGAGGAAGAGACCACGUUCAGGCUGAACCCCAAGUAUUCAAAGGGGGUCUUGUCCCCCGCCCGCCAUGUCCGGACCAGGCUGUACUUCACCAGCGAGAGCCACAUUCACUCUCUGCUCUCCUGUCUCCGAUAUGGCGGACUCUGCAACGAAGAGACUGAUGCCCAGUGGGCCCGGGCCAUGUCCUACAUAGGAGAAGUCAAGGAGCUGAACUACAUGACGCAGAUCGUUCUCAUGUUGUACGAGGACCCGACCAAGGAGCCCAUGUCCGAGGAGCGCUUCAGGGUUGAGCUGCACUUCAGCUCGGGGGCCAAAGGCUGCAACGCCACGGACAUGCCAACGGUGGGCGGCUAUCGCUCAGCGAAGGGAGACACGUCACCCACCGAACAACUCUCAGAGAACGACGACGAAGUUGACAGUGCUUACGACGACCCCACAGUCACCUGUGACGAACCCAUGUUCUCGGUGACUGGCAACGACAGCACGCCGACGUCCUCCAUGGUUGGCCUGGACUCGGGACCAGAAGACCAGCCGGACUCGGCCCAGAGGUUGCCCUUCGUCAAGCUGCCCGAGCCCCACCACAUGCUCAAGGUGGGCCUGGGGCUGAGGGACGGAAGCCGACCCAGCUCGGGCCCAGCGUUGACCCCGUCCAGGGCUAGCUUCAACACGCUGAAUGACAUCAGCGAGCAUGAAUCCCUGGCUACAGAAGCCAAGGUGUCGGCUAGCAGUAGCAGGGGAGGAUUGCUAGGGGUCCACAGUGCCCCGACCCUCCACGGUAUGGAAGGCACUAACCCCAACGAUGCCAACUGGGUAGUCAGUCAAGAAGAUCUGCUCAGACGGGCCUCGCAUUUUUCUGCUCAAGGUGUACCGCUGGACCAUCAGAUGCAAGUACCAUCCAUCCUUCCUCUGGAAACACUCCAUAACCACCUGUCGCUCAAGCAGAUCGACACGUUUCUGGAGAGUUUCACCCAGAACGGAGCCCGCACCCCGGAGACCUUCACGCCCCGCCAGUCCUUCAAGCUGAACACCUUCACCCCCCGUCGCGUCCUCCCAACCCCGCUGUCCUUCGGCCGGGAGUCGGACGGCUCCCUCUACAGUCGGUCCACCAGCAACCCGUCCUCCAAUACCUCCAGCGCGCUGCCCUCGCCCACGGAGAGCAAUUCUACCAACUUUGACUUCAGCGCCUUCGUUGAUAAGGUAAAGAGGGAGAAUCGGAAGAGUAGCUUCGACAUGGCGAACAGUCUGGACAGCGUCACCGGGUCCCUGUGCCAGGACGGGUAUGCGGCCGAGGACGAGAGCCGGUCAUCCACCCCCAGGAAACCCAGAGGGGGUAGCGAGACAGGAUCGCUGGAUCAAGUAGAGCCCAUGGAUACACAGGACUCGGACGCAGCUAAGCUCGGAAAGCUUGGGAAGGGACAAUUUGGUAGCUUGACUGUGGACAUUGAAUGCGGCGGUGAAGUUGCCGAUCAGGAAAUGCAGGACAUUCAGACACCUACAAACUUAUGAGGAACAUCAUUGUUGCAAAUACUCUCAUGAGCAUAUCUGUGCCUGUGGCACUUCGUCCUUCGGUAAACCUUACAAAAUUAUGCCGACAUCAGAAUAAACAGGGUGUGUUAAAAAAAGGCAAUCCGAAAAAUAAUGGGUUGGUUUGUGAAAGUAAUGAACUUGAACGCUGUCAAAGUGAUGCCAUCUUAAAGGGUAGUUCAUUAGCUUUCUAUUGAUACCUUAUUUGCAUCUCUGAAGUCAUGGAUGUCUGAGCAUCAUUGAUUUUAAAAUAAAGGCCAUAAAAGAAUGGUGAAUUGCGAUGUUCAAAACUAUUUGCCCAUUUGAAGGAGCUUAAAUUCACAAGGUUUGACAAGUCAGAUAACGGGCUGCUACUUUUUGCUUCAUGCCGUUCUAGACACCGUGCUACUGCAGUGUGGAACUCAAUUAAUUCCACUUUUUAAAAUUUGGCACGGCUAUAGCACGGCGUUUAGAACCAUUUGGAUCGGCAAAUUGAAUUCGGAACGGCACCCUCCUAUGGUUUGUCAGGGCUGCCGCGCUACCGUCUGUCUGCACUGUCCUAAAUGCCGUAUCAUUGCUGUGCCGAACUUGAUUCAAUUCGAAGUUAAGAAUUUUAAGAAUGCGCAUGCUCACAAUACCCUCUGUCACGUCCGCAUCAGGGGGAGUGGAAUUGGCACGAACAUUUUGACCGCACUGAAAGUUCACUGAACUGCUUGAACUGCUCUAACCUAGCCCAUUACUCCAGAUGCAUUAAGGUUCGACUAUUAUGUUCUGCGUUUAGAGCAACUGCAGUGCUGUAGACGAGCAAUUGCCGCUUAUUUCAAUUAAUUUCGACACGGCAGUAGCACUGCGUCUGGCAGGGGCCUUACAUUCACUGAAACCAGGGUACAAAAACUUGAAUUCAAGUGAAAAUACUUUUAGAAACUGCUUCCUGGAGUUUGUCUUCGUGCUAGUUCUUCAUACAUAUUCAUAAAUCUGACAUAGCUGUGUUGUAGUGGUGUAGAGAGAAACCACUUCUGUAGCAUUUAUUGAUGCCCAAUUUGGAAGUUGUUAAACAUAUAUCUACAUAGUACAAAAUGUACAUGCAUGGUCAAAUUAACACUUUUGUUGCCUGUGUGACAUUUGGUCUCCAGGGUAUGUGAAGUUUAUCAAAUAACUAUGAAAAAUACUGGCCUCAUUACUGUAUUUGUGGUCAUCUGAAAAACCAUUAACCUGCACUUCUGCUAUUUACGGCAUAGUUCUGCUUUCUGUAUAGGGCCAGUUCUGUUACUAUCUACAUUUGUUUGCAUGCAUGCAUGUGGAUAUUGUUGGUUGCAUUUGGUUUGCCUCCGUUGCUGUGAUAUCCAACAUAAGCUACAAGUUUUUAGUAAGGAAAUAAAUAUGUGAUGCGAUCAAGCUA